GCGUCUGCGCGCUGCGGCAGUCUGUUCGAACGCACCAAUGCAAACGCAUUUAUUCGUUAUUUAAAAAAAUAAUAAAUCGAAAACAAUAUCCCGUUCGGAUACUUAAGCUUUGCUGAAUGCAUAAAAAUUAAAAGUAAAAAAACUGUACCGGUUUUCAGUGAAUAGUGUUGUGAAAAUGAACGGAUGCAGUACCAGAAAAUGAAAUGAAGGGGACUGUUUUUGGAACUCCGAAAAUACCUGUGAUAUUAGGAAAAAUAGUUUUAGGCUUGAUUUUCACAAAAGCGGACCUCACAUACUUCGCUAACCGAUUUGUGUGGUACGCGUGCCAACUGAGACUGCAAACCUCGAUGGACAGCAGCGUAGAUUUCUUCGAAAGCCUCAUCAACGAAGAUGGCAGAUUCGCGGAGGUGAACAACAACUGUCAAGAACCGACGCAGCGCCGGCAACGACCACGGCCACGGCCGUUGGUUGAAGCGGAAAACAUCAACAAUGGAGGCCAGUCAUUAUCUCCGCCGCACAGUCAGACGAUCUCGCAGCGCGAGACAGGCACCCAAGUGUCUCAGUGCUACAGUGGCCCGCCUUCCCCCUGUGGGUCCUCGAGCUCCGUCCCGUCGCCCACGGCGAGCCCCGCGCCGCCCCCGGGCUCCGCCACGCUGGACCCCAACUGGCAAGCUACCAAGCCCACCAUAAGGGAGCGGAAUGCAGCAAUGUUCAAUAAUCAACUGAUGGCUGAUAUCACAUUUGUUGUUGGAAGCCCCGGCCACACACAAGUGAUCCCAGCGCACAAGUAUGUUUUAGCAACAGGCAGUUCCGUGUUCUACGCCAUGUUUUACGGAGGGUUGGCGGAGUGUAAACAAGAAAUAGAGGUUCCAGAUGUGGAGCCCUCAGCUUUCCUAACAUUAUUAAAGUAUUUAUACUGUGAUGAAAUCCAGCUAGAAGCGGACACAGUGCUAUCAACACUAUAUGUCGCUAAAAAGUACAUAGUGCCUCAUCUAGCACGAGCCUGUGUCAAUUAUCUGGAGACCAGUCUCACAGCAAAAAAUGCUUGCCUCCUCCUUAGCCAGUCCAGACUCUUCGAAGAGCCAGAGCUCAUGCAGAGGUGUUGGGAAGUGAUCGACGCCCAGGCUGAGAUGGCCCUGACAUCAGAAGGAUUCGUUGACAUUGAUAUUUCAACUCUGGAGUCGGUACUAGCGAGAGAAACUCUAAAUUGCAAAGAAAUUAAUCUAUUUGAGGCAGCGCUAGCCUGGGCCCAAGCAGAAUGUUCUAGAAAAGAAAUUGAGUCCACACCAAGCAACAAACGGGCAAUGCUCGGAAACGCCAUAUACUUGAUCAGAUUCCCCACAAUGUCUUUGGAAGAGUUUGCCAACAGCGCUGCUCAGAUAGGGAUACUGACACCACAAGAAACCAUAGACAUAUUUUUGCAUUUCACCGCGUGCGCCAAACCACCACUGUGCUACCCGAUCAAAUCCCGAGCCGGACUCAAGUCCCAGAUAUGUCACAGAUUUCAAUCCUGCGCUUAUAGAAGCAAUCAGUGGCGAUAUCGCGGCAGAUGCGACUCUAUACAGUUUUGCGUAGACAAGAGGAUAUUCGUUGUUGGCUUUGGACUGUACGGAUCUUCGAACGGUGCUGCAGAUUACAAUGUGAAGAUCGAGCUGAAACGCCUAGGCAGAGUCCUGGCGGAAAACAACACGAAGUUCUUCUCGGAUGGCUCAAGUAACACAUUCCAUGUUUACUUCGAGAACCCAAUACAAAUAGAGCCGGAGUACUUCUACACAGCCUCCGCUAUCCUAGAUGGAAGCGAGCUGAGUUACUUCGGACAGGAAGGACUGAGUGAAGUAUACAUGGGGACAGUGACAUUCCAAUUCCACUGUUCUUCUGAGAGCACCAACGGGACAGGAGUGCAAGGUGGACAGAUACCAGAACUGAUCUAUUAUGGACCUACGAUGAGUGGCGCUGGGAGCGAGGAAUGACAAUUAAUGCAAAGGCCGCGUCCGCUCAAAUACAUGUCCGUGUAAUAGUGUACA